GCCGAGUGCCACUGCAGAGCCAGGUGAGAGCUUUAUAAAGAGCGCUGCCUGCACAGGUCUGGUAGACGCAAGAGCAGAGAGCUGCAACUCACACUGACAGCAUCCCAGAGCCGCCUCCACAGACUUCACCAUGCGGUUCAACACCCUAUUCUUCCUGGUGAUCCUUUCUUGCCUCUGCUUAACUUUGGCACAAGUGUCCUAUGAGGACUGCUGCCUGAAGUAUGUGAAGCAUCUGGGCAAAAACACUCAGAAGCACGUAUCGACCUACAGAAGGCAGAAGACAGAUGGCGGCUGCAACAUCCCAGCUGUAAUCCUAAUCAUGAGGAAGGGACGCAAGUUUUGUGCAGAUCCCAAUGAGAAGUGGGUCAAGGACCUUCUGCACAAGAUUGAUGCAAAGAGUUCCAAAAAGCAUUUAAGGCUUCCCAAAAGAGGCUGAAGAGGAUGACUCUCCACAGCGACACCACCUUCAUCUCCCCGCUGUUUGCAGUUUUAUUAUCGAGCAAAGAGCGGCUUUUAUGAGAAUUUUAUGGGAGUCUGACUCAAAGACAAGACAGGAGGCUGGCCAAGAAAAUGUUGCAGCUCUGCUUUCGCUUUUCGCUCAGCAUUAACCAAACAGGUCAAGAGUUAAUCCUAGAGUUGCAGCAGCACUUUGGUGUUAAGAGCUAGACUCUUGAAGUUGAUAGACCACCAUAGAAUAUUUUCACAGAACACACAUUUCAAUGCAUGGCUGCUUCAAGAGGAAACUUUUGCAUCCGUUUUCAUGCCCGACAAGCAUGAAAUAUGCUGUUUGAUAAUUGAACCGGUGAUGAGAGUAAAUUAUGCGUUGAUACAAUAUAUAAUACAUCUGCAAUGUGUACACAUUUCUGUUAAGUAAUUACAUGAUGUAAAAGUGUAUGUUUUUAUUUGCUUCUUUAAGUUUGAGCCAUAGAAAAUGAGAAGCUUUGUCAUACUUUAAAUUCUGUUUUGUUAAAGUGUCUUUUAAGUCUCUUUCUUUUCAUUUGCUUGUGUACAGGUUUCAUUACAAAUUACAUGUUCCAAUAAAAAUCUCACAGAGAAAAAUUUGGUUA